AUUUCUGUCAGUUUUUGUUUCUAUUCGUUCUAAGUUUCACUUAAUUUGGGAAUUUUAUUCAAAAUCAGGGUUGAACAAAACACCUCUUCCCUUUCCCAUCAGUCUUCUCUUCCUACCAAAACACCUACUGGCUGAACACCCAUCCCUUCAUAUCUGAACCUCUCCACCAUCGCCGUUCACCGCCGUCGUUCACCGCCGCCACUCACGGACACCACCAAAUUCCUUCUAUCUUACAGGCGUUCGUCUAUCUCCAUCUCAUCACCCGUCGUUAGCCUCUGUGACCACGAUUACAGCGCCCCCUCUUUCCGCCUCCAACAGCAGUGUCGCCGCCGUCUCUCACGUCCUGAGCCUCCGUGACUCCUGUGUUCGCUGCCUCCGAUCCACCAGCGUAGCGGCGUUCUCUAUCACCACACCCCUGACAUUAGAAUUUCAUCAUAAACAUGAACAUCGAUGACAAUAAAAACUUAGAGGUGUCUAUCGAAUGUGAUGAGCUGUGUUUUGGGUAUGAUAGUAGUUCUGAUAAGGAGGAGGAAGAUCUUAUCAACAAUGAGGGUAAAUUUAGUGAAUCCAUGGAGGUGUCGAAUUGUAGCUAUAAAAUUCAAGAAGUUGAGAAGAAGUUAAACGAAUUAAGCUAUGAUGACAUGUGGGGUAUUGAGUUUGAUACCGUUGAUCAAUGUUGUGAUUUUUAUAGAAAUUAUGCUAGAGUGCACGAUUUUGUUGCGAGGCUUGACGAAAAAGGACAAGAUUUCAAUGGAAACCUUAAUAUGCGACAGAUGGUUUGUAACAGAGAGGGUACACGUAGAAAAAAGUACUUGGAGAUGGAGAACAGGAAAAAGGAUCACAAGCCAAUCACACGCGUAAUGUGUCAAGCAAAGAUUAGAUUUCACUAUGACUUGAUUUUACAAAAGUGGCGGGUCACCAAAUUUGAAGAGACUCACAACCAUGACCUCAUCCCACCUAAGUAUAUCCAGUUCGUUCCGGCAUAUCGAACAAUGACUGACGCUGAUAAAGCACAGGCUGAUAGUUUUCACUUUUAUGGUGUUAGAAUUUGUCAUAUAAUAGGGUUCAUGGUGGUACAAAAAGGAGGUCCGAACAGGACGGGAUUCACAAAAAAAGAUCUAUACAACCAUUUUGACAGAUCAAGGCGUGCUAAGAUAAAAGAUGGCGAUGCACAUGCAGCAUUGAGUUACCUAAUUUCUAAGGCAGAUGAAGAUCCACUAUUGUAAGGGAAGUUUACUUAAUAAAAAUAGAAAGCAGUGACUCGUGACAGGAAGUCUUGGUAUCGAAAAGGAAGAACAUACAAAAAUUUUUAUUUUAAGACUUAUGUGACGACAUUUUAUUGUUUCAUAAAUGAAAUUAUCUGAACUAAUUUUAACAGUUUAAUUAUUGAAAUGUGGCCUAUAUAAGAUUGAGCAUGAACUUAGUUCAUGAUACUAUAAUUUUAUUACCAUCUUACCUUUUUAAUUUGUUUAUCGAAAUUAAGCCCAAUAUUUUUUUGGUGACUAGAUUAAGCCCAAUUACAAGCACAACGUUAAUCUUAAUAUCAUGUUUGUU